AUGGUUCGUCACAAGAAAGACCCUCGAAGCAAGAAGACCUUUGGCGUCCACCCCAAAGACGCAAGACGAGGCGGCCCCCCGCGGCAACCGAGGAACGACGGAGAUGAAGACACCGAAGAGCCAUCUACCGCCUCGGGCCGAACGAAGCCUGCCUUCAAGGCAGCCUGCUGGGAUCUCGGCCAUUGCGACCCGAAGCGCUGCUCCGGCAAGCGCCUGAUGAGGGCCGGCCUCAUGCGCGAGCUGCACCUGGGCCAGCGCCACAGCGGCGUCAUCAUCACGCCCAACGGGAAGCACACGCUCUCGCCUGCGGACCGCGAGCUCAUGGACAUGUACGGCGCCGCGGUAGUCGAGUGCAGCUGGGCGCGCACGGGCGAGGUGCAGUGGAACAAGGUCGGCGGGAAGUGCGAGCGCUUGCUGCCGUACCUGGUCGCGGCGAACACGGUCAACUACGGCAAGCCCUUGCGAUUGAACUGCGCCGAGGCCCUCGCGGCUGCGUUUGCGAUCUGUGGGCACCUAGACUGGGCGGAGCAGGUGCUCGAGCCCUUCAGCUACGGAGAGGCGUUCUUGAAGAUCAAUGCGAAGCUUUUGAGAAAAUAUGCCGAGUGCGAGGAUGAGCAGGCAAUCAAGAAGACAGAGAAGGAGUGGAUGGAGAGGUUGGAGAAGGAGUAUGCCGACAACAGAGAAGAGGGCUCAGACGAUGAUAUGUGGAAGAGUGGAAAUGUCAAUCGGCGUGUAAUGCCGGAUUCGGAUGAUGAGAGCGACGCUGAUGAGGAAGAAAGUGGCGAGGAAGGCGGAGCAAACAGCGAUGAAGUUGGCAGUGUGGACGGCAUAUACCUAGGCAAGAAGCCAGACCCAACACCGAAAGAAGCUGCCCGAGCAGAGAAGGAUCCAUUCGACAUAUCGGAUGACAGCGAAGAAGACGAGGAUGCUGCUAUGGAAGCAAUCCGGAAAAAGGUGCUGGCAUCAAAAUCAUUCGCCAACAUAGACGAUCCAGCAGACAAGAAAAGGCCAGAGACGAUCCCGAGACCCCCACAACCGCAUCAGAAGGUGAUAGUCGACCAAGACGCCGAACCGGAUUCUGAUAACGGCGACGAUGACGAUGACGAGUUUGAUAAUAUCAUCGCCGCUACGCCAAUGACGGAUAGGAUCGGACUUACCAAGCUGGAGAGGGAGAGAUCACAGGCUCAUAUAACGUCCAGAACAUUCACGUCGGGCGGCGUAUCUGCCCCAAAGAGGUGGUGA